AGAUGAACCGAUAAGGAAAAUAGUUGAAAAAGGAAACGUAUUUUAACAACUUCUACUUUCUCUUAUCUUUGUCCAUUCUAAACUCUCUCUUCUCUCUCUCUCUCUCUCUCUCUCUCUCUCUCUCUCUCCAUUUCAUAUGCAAAUUGAUUAGAAUGGGAGAAGGAUUGGUGCUAUCUGUUUUGAAGGCAGUGAACUAUUAGGAUCCUCCAAAAGAGAGUUUACCCUCUGCCUGAUUUUACAAUGCCAGUUCCUCUUGCUCCAUAUCCAACACCUUCAGGGUCAUAUACUCCUCCUGCGAAUGGGGCUCAAAGCCAGCUUGUAUGUUCUGGAUGCCGAAAUCUAUUAAUGUAUCCAGCUGGAGCAACCUCUGUGUGUUGUGCUGUUUGCAAUGCAAUAACAGCUGUGCCACCUCCUGGAACAGAAAUGGCCCAGUUAGUUUGUGGAGGCUGCCAUACCUUAUUGAUGUACAUUCGUGGAGCCACAAGUGUUCAAUGUUCAUGCUGUCACACUGUCAAUUUGGCCCUGGAAGCAAAUCAGGUGGCACAUGUAAAUUGUGGGAACUGCAGGAUGCUACUAAUGUACCAGUAUGGAGCAAGAUCUGUAAAAUGUGCAGUUUGCAAUUUUGUCACAUCAGUUGGGGGAUCAGCAAGUGGUGCAGCAGAACAGAAGUUCAACAACACCUAAAUUUAACUUCACAGUUGAGAUUAAAAUUCUAGUUUACAACUUUGGUUUUGCAUAUUACAAAUAUCCUCUUCUAUUGCACCCCUCAGCAACAUAGAGGAAAUCAAAUCCUUGCAUUGUAUAGAGUUGUUCUUUCUUUUCCUUUUUUGCUUGCGUGGCCAGUUACUGAAUAAGCAGUUUGACUUUUUGUUUUUUGUUUUUAGAGUUGUUUUUAGAGUUGAACAAUCAUUUAUCAUAUGAUAAGAUAAACUUCAUUUUCAUUUACUGUGCUAUGUAUGAGUGGCAUUAAAUACACGGCAUUGAAGUUUAUCUCUA